AUUUUACACACUUUGAUUUGAUGAACCGAAUCAUGGUUGCAGUUGGCGUUGGAGCAGUGUCCUUUGUCGUUGUCGUGUACACACACAUGUCGCAACCACAAAGCACGAUACUGCCGAUGGCACUCAUUAGCGUCAUUGCCUGUUUCAAUAUGUCCAGCAGCACAAAAAAUGAGGGACUUGUGGAAGAGGAUCCAAUAGUGAUGGAAGAUCGAGGGCUGGUGCGGCAGCAUAGACUCCCGGCGCAGGCUCUUCGGGCUUGCGUUAAUGCCCUCAGGUCUUACCCGGCUCCUAUAUCAUACGUUUCGCUUCUUUACCUGUGCUUUUACGCACUAGAAGGGCAAGAAGAUAUGUCGACAAUAGAGCAGAUCAUCGUCCUGCAAAUCUGCACCGGGGGAGCCGUUCUUGCCAGGUUCCUGGUCAAUAUGGCGAUGCUUGGCCUGUCCGUACAGCUGGUAAACACAUUCGUGGUUCGCCCCAAGCUCCGCUCAGCGGCACCUGGAGAAUAUCCGAGCGAAGCCGGAACCGGGAAUACCGGUUCAUGUUAUCCUGAUUGCCCGCUCACGGCGCCAGAUAGCAUCCGUGUCAUUCGCCUGCAUCCAGGCUCGCCCGGGGACAAACUGCAAUGCACUCUUGCCGCCGUUAAACUGGAAGAAAACCCCACAUACGAAGCUCUAUCGUAUUGCUGGGGCCGGCGCGCGAGCAACAAUCACAUAGAAUGCCAUUCAUCAUCAUCGCCGGCGGCAACAAACGACGGCCUGGCUCCGGCGGCGGCUCUUGCUAUCACAGAUACACUGCACGAUGCCCUGGUGUACCUCAGACAUACGAAAGAUGAGCGAGUCCUUUGGGUCGACCAGAUAUGCAUCAACCAGAAGGACAACGAAGAGAGGUCUGCACAAGUCAAACUGAUGCAGAAGAUCUAUUCUUCCACCAGGUGUGCCAUCGUCUGGCUCAGGGUGGGGCUGCCUGCACUCCCAGAAUCUCUCGUCGCUCAGAGGUCCGAGUUGCCCGGACUCUAUCAGAGGAUUGAAAAAACCAUAGCAAAGCUGGCUGAAGACGAUGGGCUGGAGAGUGACCCGGUUUUUGGGCCCAAGGUACGGAGCAAAAGACCUCUCCGAAACAUGACCAAGGCCGAGCUCGUGAGGUACGGCCUUCCCAGCGAGAAUGGCGGACGCUGGAGCCUCUUCUACGGGCUCUUCGACUCGCCCUGGUUCAGCCGCGUCUGGGUCGUGCAAGAGGUCGCGUGGCCGAGGGAGGUCAAGGUCCACUACACAAACAUGGAGACGUCAUGGGAGCAGUUCACCAGGGUCAUGGCCUUUGUCGAGUCACUCGAGAUUGAAAUUUUCGACCCGCGCCGCCGGGCCGUGUGUCACUUUUUCUCGCGCCUCAGAGCCCUGCAGGCGUGCCGCAUGAACAUACGAGCCGGCAGUCCCAAGCCCCUGGACCAGGUCCUGUCUCAGCACCGUGUGGCCGCGGCGACAGAUCCCCGGGAUCACAUCUACGGUCUCAUGGGCUUGGCGUCGGAACAGCCCCCGCCCCUGGAACCGGAUUACGGGGCCAGUGCGAGUUCUGUGUUCCUGGAGGCGACCAGGUGGGCGGUCCGUGAUGGCUGCCUGGACAUUCUUGGUCUGGGUGGGGACCCCUCGAGCCCGGAUCGUCCCAAAGGUCUACCGUCUUGGGCUCCGGACUUCAGCGACGCCAACGGACCGCACAGCCUGACAGGCAUGGGGAUGCUCCCGCACUUUGAGGUCAGCUCCUUGAAACAAUUCCGAGCAGGCGGCGGUCCUGUUGCUGCGCCGAGGAUUCGGGAUGACGGCGUCAUGGAGAUAACAGGGCAGCUCAUCGGGAGGGUCCGGGAGGUGACUGCUGGAGUUGCCCCUGGCAGAGACAUGCUAGACGCCUACAGGAUGCGCGCCACGGCUCAAAUCGAAUCCAACACACUGCACGUGAGCAGUAUAGUCCGCGACGGUUUGCGUAUGCUGAACACCAAGAUGGAAUGGCAGAAGAUGGCAGGAGAACUAAUAGCCAGGAGCAGUGGUCACUACACGCACACGGGGGAGAGCAUGGGAGACGCGGUUAUGCGUACCUGCCUCCUGGGCGAGACCCACGAGACCAUAGAGAAGAUGCGGCCGUUGUACGAGAACGAUCAGCUCCAGCUCAGGGUCUGGCGGCUCCUCACGCUUGGCCGGGGGUGCUCCAGGUUGCUCCUGGGCUACGCAAUCAUGGCCGUGGCGUUCAUAGGACCGCUCGCCGCCGAGCCGCUUCUGCGCCGGUGCGGGUACCGGUACAUUAUGAGGAACUGGGAGUACCACGCGCGCAGGCAGAUCUCAGCCGAGCGGGAGCUCUUCUGCGGGACAAACGGCCUGGUUGGGCUGGCUCCCCGGUGGUCUGCGCUCGGGGACGAGAUAUUCGUCCUCCGCGGCGGCAAGGUGCCGGUGUUGUUGCGGAGGGACGGGGAUAGUGGUCCGUAUCAAUUUGUUGGCGAGGCAUAUGUGCAUGGCGCGAUGGAAGGAGACAUGUUCGAUUUGCACAAGUGCGAAAACCUCCUGAUUGCUUGA